UCACUGCCAUCAGUGUUUGUGUCAGGCAAUGACAAAACACAUAUGAAUGUAGUGAAAUGUAGCAGCAAUCCAUUGAUGAAUCGACAACAUUCCAGAACAGCUACUUACCCCAAUCGGCCAUGAGCCAGCAACUCUUUUUGAAAUCAGCUGGAGUGCUAUUCUACAAAUGAAAUCAAAGAAGAAUCAUGCAAAACGAAAACGCGUUAAUAGAAAUAAUGAACAUAAAUUAUUUUAGCAACAAAAUUUAGUGUAUAAAAAAUAAAAUUAUUUAAAAUUCAAAAAUUCAAUGUACAUAUAAAAACUCAAUACUGAACCUCAGCUCAAUUUAAUAGAAAGAUCCAUUUUUAUAUAUUGAUUAAGUGAAAUAAAGUGUAGUCAUUGAACAAAGAAAUCAUUGGUUGCACGAAAUUAGGUGAAAAAUGGCUAAGGUUAUUUCACAAGAAACCUUUGAUGAUGUGGUAAAGGAAAAUAUCGUGGACUUCUCUAUGAGUCCAGAUGAAGCAAAAGAAGAAACAAUCAAGCAAUUCGAAGCGCAGGGAAUUAACUUGGCGAACAUCAUUAAGGAUUUAACAAUAAAUCCAGAAACUGGCAAACCUGUACUGAAUGAAAUAAUUGAUGAAAUAAAAACUUAUAUAGGUCAAAAAUCCACCGAUACUAAUAAACUACUGGAAAACUUGUCUAUCUUAGACACUGAAUGCCAAAAGUCUAUUUCCCAUCGGGUACUCGCCGGAAAGAAUAGUGCUCAUGAAGCACUUAUAACGCUUCUAGAACAAGAACUAGUGAACCAAAACUCUUCUGAAAUUGUGAAACCUAAUUUAUCCGUCUUAGAGGCUUGUCUAAAGUGCGCUAAUAGUUUUACAAACAAACAACCAGAUAUAUUCGAUGCAGAAGCCCUUGCAGUAAUUUUGAAACUUUUGUCCAUCGAACAUGAAAAUAUAAUAAUUUUUACGCUGCAAUGGUUGCAAAAAGCAAGUAUCAUGCACGAAAUCAAUCGGCAAAACAUUGUCAAUGCUGGCGUGGUGAAAAAGUUGAAGCCAUUUGUGUCCAAGCAGAGCAGCCUAAAACUUAUUCGAGAAGUUCUAGCUGUUAUGCGCUAUCUUGUGCUGGACGAUGAUAUUCGUGUAGAGUUCGGAUGUGCACACGAACAUGCGCGUCGCAUUGCGAGCGAAUAUAUUGUGGAUUUGACAAAGUUAUUGGGUGAAUACAAUGAUCCCAAUAUUUUGUCAGAUUUGUUAUUGACAAUCGGUGCUUUAGCGGUGCGUCAAGAAUUUUGCACAACCAUUGAGGAUGCGGGGGGAAUUAAAUUCGUGUUUGAUAUUAUGACCGCUAAUCAAACAUCUGUUCGUGUCAAUCGCGAAGCCUUUAAGCUUUUACGUGCUUUAGGCGGUAACGACACUGUGAAGGCGCAUAUUGUGCAACAAGGUGCAGCCCCGAUUAUUAAGCAAGUGCUGGAAACACAUCUGUCAAAUGAGAAUGUAGUCACUGCGGCAUUGGCUUGUAUUGCAACAUUGACUUUGCGUGUUAAAGACAAUAGUGUAGCCUUCUUUGCUACGGGAAUUGCAGAAACCAUUGUAGAGGCUGUUCGCAUGCAUCCUAAAAAUAAGAUUGUUCAACGUAACGGUGCUUGGGCCAUUCGCAACAUGGUGUCGCGUUCACGCGAUCAAUGUGAAAGCUGGAUUUCUUAUGGUAUAGAAGAUCUAUUAAAUACAGCGCUAAGUUCGCACCCAUCAAUACAACAGGAUGUAAAGGCGGCACUUCGCGAUUUAGGAUGUAGAGUAGAACUUCGCGAAGAAUUCACAGGAGUUGCUGAAAAGAAAAUUAUUGGCAUGUGAAAACCAAACUUUUAUGAAAACGCGCUCAGUGCUUAGAAAAAAAGAAACAUGAAUCUAUCUUCAAAGCUUUAAAAGGAGCCUUUCUGUAAAUUGAGUCCAGUAUUUGCAUGAAUAAAAAUGCAACUAUUUCAUUUAAAUUUUAAUCGCUAACUAUAUACUUAUUUCAAUAUUUUUUACACAACCAUAUUCAUAUUGACAAACAAAAACUACUUAUGUAUAAAAUUAUAAAAAAAAAAAAAAAAAAUUUAACUACCACAUAUGAUAAUAAGACAAUUUAUAUUAUUUUUGAUUUCUUUUUUUUUUUUUUAUAAAAAAAACUUGAAAAGUUUGGUAAAAAAAAUUUAAAGGAAUUAUAAUAUAUACUUAUUAUCUGAUAUGGAUCAUAGCUAGGAACGCAAGAAAUUGGUAGGGUUGCAAAUACAUUUUCAAAUUGUGGCACCAUGCCAAGUGUUCCCGUAAGACAGAAAAAUAUAAAUGCACUCUCAUAAUAUACAAAGUUUUUUAAUAAAUAUCUAAAUUAAAUACA